AUGUCACGUGACAACAUCUGCCUCGCCGCAGGAGAGUCUGGACCCAUCAUGGCAGCAAUCACAGAUGCUGGAUUUUUCCAGCAGACGAAUUUUUAUGUGCAAGCUUUGAAAUAUUCCAAGACCCCAGCCCAAGACCCCAGCACAAGACCUCAGCCCAAGACCCAAGCCCACAACCCCAGCCCACAACCCCAGCCCAAGACCCCAGCCCAUAACCCCAGCCCAAGACCCCAGCCCAUAACCCCAGCCCAUAACCCCAGCCCAAGACCCCAGCCCAUAACCCCAGCCCAUACCCCCAGCCCAAGACCCCAGCCCAUAACCCCAGCCCAAGACCCCAGCCCACAACCCCAGCCCACAACCCCAGCCCAUAACCCCAGCCCAUAA